GACUCUUCUACCUUCCUUCACAACCAAGGUCUCUACUCAUCAGGCCUGUCUAACGACGCAACAUUAUUACAAUGCGUUACUCAACAUUUGCUGCAUCUUUCGCCUUUGGCGCUCAGCUCGUCGCUGCCACUUCUGUCUCCCUGUCAACAGUUCCGAGCCUAAACGGUGUCAGCGCAGACGCUGUUGUGGAACUCCUGUCGUGGGACAACACAGAUGAUUUUUCGGCUGUGAACGCUACCCAGUGGGCCACUUUCUUGAACCAGCCCCACGACGUCCUCGCAGCAUGGGACGACAAGACUACACAUCGCAUGUUCUCUCUUCUCCACAAUGUGCUAGACUUUGGAUCUGGACUAGAUAAACGAGACGCAACACCUGCUCAAGCAAAAAUUCAGAUUGCGACUAAAAAGAACCUAUAUGACAAUGAGGUCAACACGGAUGAAAAGCAGGAUGGUGCAGUAACAGCAUGCUUCAAGUCAGGCAUCUGCAUACUGUGUCUCAGCUCAGCUGGAACCUUAGCGAUUGGUAGAGUAGCUGCGUGCGCAACAGCUGCUCUUGCAGCAGAAGUGUUCACUGCUCCAGAGACAGCUGGGCUUUCUACCGGACCUGUUAUCACAGCUUUCAUCGAAUGCGCUUCCAUUCCAAUCGCUGCAUUCCUAACAGCAGCAAUUGGAUGUGUGGAGGCGGCAAAGCGCAUUAAUUAGGGCAAGAGUAAGGGCGAGGGCGAGGGGAAAUGAGGGCGAGGGGAAAGGCUUGUACUUUGUAGCUAUGUAGUUAAUUAACAUAUUUCUAUUUAACUUCACAAA